AGCCCUGAGUAAUAAAACAGUGUAGGAUGUGAUGAAGUUAGAGAGUAAAUGGCGUUUCUCUGUGUAUUAUCAGUCGCCAUUAUCAGACUUUGUAGGCGUCGUUAUUAGGUCAAAGUAGAUCAAAAAUAGUGGUUAUGGGAACAAGUUUUUUCGUUCAUUGUUCGUGGGUAGAAAGGUUUUUAAAAUCCGAACGUGUUCAAAUUGAUAGCUCUAGUUAACUGACGAAUGUAUGAAAUAACUACCAUCUGAUGGAGCACAUAGGAUUGAAAUAAUUGUUACCUUUUUGUAAUAAAAGUCAUAAUCAGUAAAUCCGGGAACAUUAAUACUCUCAGGGUUAUUAAAGAAGACGAGAGGUGAACAUUUGCCCAAUCGAGACGAAAAUCUUCAUUGACGGAAUUACCGGCGGCUGUUUCUUCCUUUUCCUUGCUUGUCAUCGCAGCUGACUUGACAGCAGUAUCUUAUCUACUGAGUGGAGCGGAUCUUUCCACGGAAAGCAAAAGUGCGGAGCUGUCCGUGUCGAGACGCAAGGUGCCCGGAUCAGCAGCUGUGAGGAGGGAUGUCUGAGGGAGAUGGGAAGUCGGCCACAGCCUCUGGCCUGGAGGGGAAGCCCGAGUCCAUGUCAGCUGCUCCGGGAGUCUCCUCCAUGUCUCCUCCGGUGUCGGCGGUUGCCCAGGGCCCCCCAGCUACGGAGGACGAAGAGGAGGAGAGUGAGGAUGAGUCCGAGAUCCUAGAGGAAAGCCCGUGUGGGCGAUGGCAGAAACGAAGGGAAGAGGUGAACCAGCGCAACGUGCCAGGAAUUGAUAGUGCCUACUUGGCAAUGGACACCGAGGAAGGGGUGGAGGUCGUGUGGAAUGAGGUGAUGUUCUCCGAGAGGAAGAACUUCAAACUGCAAGAGGAGAAGGUCAAAGCAGUUUUUGAUAACCUAAUCCAGCUGGAGCACCUGAACAUUGUGAAAUUCCACAAAUACUGGGCAGAUGUGAAAGAAAACCGGGCUAGAGUUAUAUUCAUUACAGAAUACAUGUCUUCAGGAAGUUUGAAGCAGUUUUUGAAGAAGACAAAGAAGAACCACAAGACUAUGAAUGAGAAGGCCUGGAAGAGGUGGUGCACUCAGAUCUUGUCAGCGCUCAGUUACCUUCAUUCAUGUGAUCCUCCAAUCAUUCAUGGCAACCUAACCUGUGACACCAUCUUUAUUCAGCAUAACGGACUUAUCAAAAUUGGUUCAGUGGCACCUGAUACUAUCAAUAACCAUGUCAAAACGUGUCGAGAGGAGCAGAAGAAUUUGCACUUUUUUGCUCCUGAGUAUGGAGCUGUUGCAGAUGUCACAACUGCAGUUGAUAUCUAUUCCUUUGGAAUGUGCGCCUUAGAGAUGGCUGUGCUUGAAAUCCAGAGCAAUGGAGAGUCUUCCUAUGUAUCACAGGAAGCUAUAAAUAGUGCCAUUCAAUCCCUGGAAGAUCCUUUGCAAAGAGAAUUUAUUCAGAAGUGUUUGGAAGCAGAUCCUUUUAAACGUCCGACAGCGAGGGAGCUCCUCUUCCACCAGGCCCUGUUUGAAGUGCCCCAGCUGAAACUACUGGCUGCCCACUGCAUCGUCAGUCAUCAGCAUAUGAUUCCUGAAAAUGCAUUAGAAGAAAUAACCAAAAACAUGGACCCUAACCUGGUAAUAGCUGAGCGAAAGGAAGGGGUGCAGCUGAAGCUUUCCCAAUUUCCUGCUCUUGAGCUGGACAAGUUUUUAGAAGAUGUCAGGAAUGGUAUCUAUCCCCUCACGGCUUUUGGAAUGCCAUGCCCCCAGCAGCCCCAGCAGGAAACUGUGAAGUCCCCAAUCAUUCCUCCCUCAGUCAAAACCCCCACACCUGAGCCUGCUGAGCUGGAAAUGAGAAAGAUUCUCCAGAUGCAAUGCAAUAUUGAGCCAGUAGACGAAGGAACAAAACACCAUCUGACAUUAUUAUUGAAACUGGAAGAUAAAUUAAAUAGGCAUUUAAGCUGUGAUUUGUUGCCCAGUGAGAAUGUUCAGGAGCUGGCUGUGGAGCUGGUUCAACUAGGAUUCAUUUGUGAGGCAGAUCAGAUUCGACUUGCUUCUGUUCUUGAAGAGGCCUUUUCCAAGUUCUACAGUCGCAACGGCUCUCUCAAUCCUGUCACCGUUUCAUCGUAGCAACCCCGUCAGCGAGACUCCGUGGAUAAGAAAUCCUCCUGUGUCCCUGCUUCCUAACACAGGACUUUCAAUCAUCAAAAUAAGGAUCACGAGAAAGCAGACAUGACAUGGAAGGAGGUUUACACUCCAAGCGAUUUGUUGGGAGCAAAGGUCAUUGCUCAUUUUUCAGUGUAGCACCUGCUUGUAUGUUUUUUAAAACAAUUGUCAGUAUUACCACCUGUAUUGAGUCUUUUUAUUUUACCUGUAUUACAGCAUUAUGCUGUACAUAAGGCGCUUCUACAUGAGCACAUUCUUUUGCUCUUUUUUUAUUUCUGCCAACUGUGCAUGAUGUUUGCGCUGCAUUAUUUUUUUUUUCCUUAAGAAAGGUAUCAGGAGUGUGAUUUGGUUUUGAGGUCUUUAUUUUUCCUCAUCUGGGGUUUAUUCUUAAUUCCUUCACUGACAAGUCUUGCCUACAUUGAGAUAUUUUUUUUCCUUGAGUGUCAUCCUGUAAUAAAGAAUUCAUUAUAUUUAAGCAGAAAACAAAUCUGCGGUGUUUGCAAACAAUAAUCACAUAUCCCAGUGAGUCUGAGCUGACACUGGUAUUAAAUUAGACAAGGCGAAGUUGGCCAUGCCAGACUCAGUUUGUCUGUUACAAACACACUCCUCUUCAGGUGCAGGUGGUGUGAUUUAAAACUGGUUCUUUUAUGAAUGUAUGCUAAUAUAGUGUUCCUAAACUCGGGUCUUCUAGGGCCAAAGGUUCUUUUGUGUUUUACUUCAACCUGAAACAGUUCAACAAAUUAUUCUCUGAAUUGGGAAAUCCAGUAAAUUGCAGUUUAUUAAAGGUGAAGGUACAGAACAGUUCUAUUUAUGUUUGACAGUUUGUAUUACUUACUUGAGCCAGAUUCAUUGUUUCCCAGGGAUAAAGCAGGUGAAUUAAAGUGAUCCAGCGGGACCCUCAAUGGCGAGAGCUGAUGAACAAUGCUCAAAUUAAUGAACAAGAACAAGGCUCUUCAUCUGCAGCCCAUCCGAUCAUCUCCACGGCAGAAUUUUGCUCCAGCCAGCUCCUUAAGUACAUAACUAAUAGGUAGAUAAUGGAUCAUUGUAACAUUUGUGCUGCCUUGAAGUGGGUUGGAAAAGCCUUAAGUUCAGUGGCUCCAAUAAGGAACAUCAGCCAUUUUCUUUAUUGAACAUUAAACAUUUUCACAGUAGGAUAGAUGGUGGGGCAUGUCUUUCAAAGCAGGUAUAGAAAGUCAAAAGGGCAGUAAUGGUAUAGGCCUAUUUCCAUAUAUCCUGCCAUUUUUGGCUGAAGUUUAUUGGGAUCCUCUAUACAGAUACUUAUCCAACUGACAGAAAAAAAACUGGUAAUUCGGAGAUCAUUAUUGUUUACUUGCUAAAAAUUGUAUUGUGACAGGACCGACUUGCUGCUAAUUCAUAUCCUAGUUAUUGUUUGUUCCAACUCUGAACCCACCAAAAAUCAUUUUCAGUAGAGAAACUGGCUGCCUAACAAAUAAGGGGGUGUGGUUGGCAGAUUUGUAAAGCCUUCUCAGGAGCUUGUUGUUUCCAUGUUGUAUGGUUUAUUGGGCAUACCUUGUAAGAACUUUUGCCAUACAGAUCGGAGUCUUUUAUUUUACAAAUUAAAUAUGAAAUGUGUAACAGCU